CCCCUUUUGUUCAGCUGAGUUCCUGAAUUAUUCACAACACAAUGAAAUGAAAUCGGGAUAUUAUGUAUUACAAACACAUUGCACUUGCUCGCGCGCGUCCCGCGAACCUCACCUGGGAUUAUCUCACGAAUUAAAACCUGCAACAACAAACAACAACAAAACCUCCGAUCUGGUGCGAAGGUUCCCCGAAGCUCCGCAGUCCCGAGGAACGUGGAGUAGUAAGUGUUUAUAACGUCGGUCCCGAUCGGUAGCGUUCAAACGGUUGAAGCCUCGGGUUGUGUGUGUGUGUGGUGCACCAUUUCACGAUUAAAUCGUAAUAUUCGUGGUGAUUUUAGUAAACAGCUGUGCAUCAAAAGCCCCCCGCUGCACAAUGAAGCGCGUUUAGCUGCGCGCUCCUCUUAUCGCAGCGCAUUUUAAGAGCAGUUUGAGAUCGAUCGAGUACAUUGUGCGUGUCUGGUCGUCUACCCGAACGAUAAAGCUUCUCCAACGAGUCGCAGUAAGGGCGGUAAACCUCGUGAAAUGAGACGAUAUUCAGUCUUUUCGGUGCUCGGCAUCGGGGGAUUGGGACGCGCAGGGUGAGGUCAUUGUGGAGGGAAAACGCUGCAGAAGCUCGAAAAACAACCGAAAGUUACAUUUCAGGCGAACUUGUGCAGAGUGUCUCACUUUAAACACCUUAAAUAUAUAGAAAUAAACCACGCUGCGCAUCCUUUAAGGAAGCUAAACGGCUCGUCUCCUCUCGCGCAGCUAGCUCGACGUGUAUAGCGCGCGACUCGAACGUAGCCGUUACCGGGAGCCGCGGCGGUUGAGAUUAAUGGCUAGUUUGUUUUUUUAUGACGUUAACUCGUGAGUGAGCCGCUGUGUUGUUGUUGUUGUUUUGACGGGAGAGUGAACUGUGUGGUUGUGUUGUUGUUUGCUAGCUUUCCGUUAGCCAGCGAGCUAACGGCUGCAAUGUUUCAUUGUUUGAGUAGAAGAAGAAGAAGAAGGAAAAACGUCAGCAAAAUGCGACGGUUAACCUCCUAUUGUUAGUGGUUCUUUUAGGUUCGAUUGCGUGCGCGUGUGUGUGUGUUGUGCACUGUUGCUGUCAGCGAGCGUCGCUAAACGUUUUUAAGCAGGAAACAAGAGACAUAAAUAUUGACUCCUCCAGCACCUGUCACGGAAGGGCACGUUCGUGUUUCCUGCUGGGAGUUGGAUAGUUGGUCACGUGACUGCGCCAGAACAGGUGCACGGUGUGCAGACGGCGGGUGUCUCCGGACUGGUGUCGGACCGACUCGGUCUCUGGAAGUGAUCCUCCGGCACGGGGCUCCUCUUGUGCUCUUCUCUUCCAGAUGUGAGCGUGUGCAGCGUCUGUCCCAGCAGCGGCUGUUGGCAGGAUGGGGCUGGACUUUGACGUGAAGACGUUCUGCCACAACCUGCGGGCCACCAAGCCGCCGUACGAGUGCCCCGUGGAGACCUGCCGGAAGGUCUACAAGAGCUACAGCGGCAUCGAGUAUCACCUCUACCACUAUGACCACGACAACCCGACCCCCGCGCAGGCCACGCCGCAGAAGAAGAGGAAGGGGCGGCCCCCGAGAGCGUCCUUGGCCGGGUCGGGGGACGACGGCGGCGGCGGGGGACCCGGGCACGGGGGGAACACGCCGGGCAGCCCCAACCGCUCGGACCAUUCUCACUCCCCGGGCAGAGAGACGAUGACGUACGCCCAGGCGCAGCGCAUGGUGGAGCUGGAGUUUCAAGGACGCCUCCACCGCAUCAGCAUCUUCGAGAACAUCGACGUGGUGUCGGAGGAGGACAGCGACGCGGAGGACGCUCCUCCGUCCGGCGGCGGAGGCGUGUGCAACGGGAGCGACGGCGGAGCCGGCGGGAGCGACUUGGGAGGAGGCGGCAAGGACCGGUCGGAUAUCGCGUCCUCCAACGGCGGCAAAUCCACCCCGAAGUCCGGGAAGCACAAAAGCAAAGAGAAGAAGAAGGACGGCUCGUCCCAUCACCACGGCAACCAGUCCGGCCCCGCGGUCAAGCUGCCCGAGGCGGUGUUCCGAGAACUGGACCAGGAGAGACCCGACGCCCCCGCGCGGCCGUUAUCCUACUACAGGUACAUCGACAAGUCCGUGGAGGAGCUGGACGAGGAGGUGGAGUACGACAUCGACGAGGAGGACUACAUCUGGCUCGACAUCAUGAACGACAAGCGGCGGCGCGACGGCGUGACGCCCAUCCCCCAGGAGGUCUUCGAGUACCUCAUGGACCGCUUGGAGAAGGAGUCGUACUUCGAGAGCCACAACAAGGCCGACCCCAGCACCCUCAUCGACGAAGACGCCGUCUGCUGCAUCUGCAACGACGGCGAGUGUCAGAACAGCAACGUGAUCCUGUUCUGCGACAUGUGCAACCUGGCGGUGCACCAGGAGUGCUACGGCGUGCCCUACAUCCCCGAGGGCCAGUGGCUGUGCCGCCGCUGCCUGCAGUCGCCCAGCCGCGCCGUGGACUGCGCCCUCUGCCCCAACAAGGGGGGCGCCUUCAAGCAGACGGACGACGCGCGCUGGGCUCACGUGGUGUGUGCCCUCUGGAUCCCGGAGGUCUGCUUCGCCAACACGGUGUUCCUGGAGCCGAUCGACAGCAUCGAGCACAUUCCUCCCGCCCGCUGGAAGCUCACCUGCUACAUCUGCAAGCAGCGUGGCUCCGGCGCCUGCAUCCAGUGUCACAAGGCCAACUGCUACACCGCCUUCCACGUCACCUGCGCCCAGCAGGCGGGCCUCUACAUGAAAAUGGAGCCCGUGCGAGAGACCGGGGCCAACGGCACCUCGUUCAGCGUCCGCAAGACGGCGUACUGCGACAUCCACACGCCGCCGGGGUCGGCCCGGACCCUGGGCGGCGGCGGCGGGGUGGGCGGCGCCAGCAUGGGCUCGUCCCACAGCGACGGCGAGCUGGACGACGACGACGAGCCCAGCAUCGGCCAGGACGACGACUCCAAGGGGUGGAGCUCCGAGCGGGCCAAGAGGGCGAAGGCCAAGUCCAGGCUGAAGAUGAAACGGGCGAGGAAGAUCUUGGCGGAGAGGAGAGCGGCUGCUCCAGUGGUGUCGGUGCCCUGCAUACCGCCUCACAGGCUGAGCAAGAUCACCAGCAACCUGACGGUCCCCAGGAAGAGCCAGUUCAUGCAGCGGCUCCACAGCUACUGGACCCUGAAGAGGCAAAGCCGGAACGGCGUGCCGCUGCUGCGCCGCCUCCAGACCCACCUGCAGUCCCAGCGCCACGUCGAGCCCCUCACGCCGCCGCCGCCAUCGCCAUCGCCAUCGCCACCCACGCCGCCGCCACUUCCACCGCCGCCGCCGCCGCUGCUGCUGCUGCCGCUGCCUCUCCCACUUCCACUCCCGCCGCCUCUGUCGCAACUCUCACCGAUGACCUGCGCAAUUCGGGACAGCGAGGAGAAGCAGUCGGCGCUGAAGGAGCAGCUGAAGGCGUGGCAGAGGCUGAGGCACGACCUGGAGCGAGCCCGGCUGCUGGUGGAGCUCAUCAGGAAGAGGGAGAAACUCAAGAGGGAGACGAUUAAAGUGCAGCAGAUGGCGCUGGAGAUGCAGCUGACUCCCUUCCUGGUGCUGCUGAGGAGCACGUUGGAGCAGCUGCAGGAGAGGGACGUCAACAACUUCUUCACCGAGCCCGUCCCGCUGGCGGAGGUGCCGGACUACCUGGACCACAUCGACACGCCGAUGGACUUCCAGACCAUGUGGAACCUGCUGGAGUCGCACCGCUACCUCACGUUCGAGGCCUUCGAGUCCGACUUCGGCCUCAUCGUCAACAACUGCCUCAAGUACAACGCCAAGGACACGGUCUUCUACCGCGCCGCGCUGCGGCUCCGGGAGAUGGGCGCCGCCGUCAUCCGGACCGCCAGGCGGCACGCCGAGCGGAUAGGCUUCGACUACGAGGCCGGCAUACACCUCCCCCGAGAGCCGAGCCCGGAGAGCCAGCGGGACCAAGACCGGGACCGGGACCGGGAGAGGGAGCGGGAACGGGAGCGGGAACGGGAGAGAGAGAGGGAAAGGGAGAGAGAGAGGGAACGGGACCGGGACAGAGACCGGGAACGAGAUCGAGACCGGGAACGAGAUAGAGACCGGGAACGAGACCGGGAACGAGACCGAGACCGAGACCGGCCGUUGUCCUCUAAUGAAGAUGAACUCCUGCUGCCCGAGAACCGGCGGCGCCUCCCUCCGGAGGAGCAGCUGCAUUACCUGCAGGCGCGGCUGGACGAGGUCAUCUCGGGCAAACACAGCAUCGGCCAGUCGCGCAGAGCCAAGGCGCUGAGGAAGGAGAUCAGCGUCAUCAAGCGGAAGCUCGCGCACCAGCGGGAGGGCGGCGAGGGCGGCGGCGGCGGGGGGCGCGAGCUAGUGGGUGGCGCCGGCGGGGGGGACCGGGGCUCCUCCCUCCCCUCACACCACCCCUCCUCCUCGGGGCACCACGACGAAGGAGGAGAGAGCAGCAGCCAGGAGAUCGGUGGAAAAGAUAUGAGCGUGUCCUCGUCGGCCCUGGCUCCCGAGGUGGGCCGCCGGACGUCCGUCCUCUUCUCCAAGAAGAACCAAAAGAUGGCCGGACCCCCAAAACGGCCGGGCCGACCCCCCAAGAACCGCGACGCCGGGUACCCCGGGCCGGGUCUGGGCCCGAGCCCCAUCGGACCCCCCCAGCUGCCCCUGCUGUCCCCCAGCCGGCAGAGGAAGAGGCAGCGCAGCCCGCGCUCCAGCUCCAGCUCGGACAGCGACAGCGACAACGACGACCUGCUGCCGGGGUUGCCCAGUAACGGUUUUGAUGGGAGGAGCCAGCCCGUGACGGAGAGCUUCCGCGUGUACAGGAGCGAGUCCCGCCUCCCUCGCUCCAGCUCGGACUCCGAGUCCACGACCAGCAGCAGCAGCAGCGCCGCGUCGGACCGGACCAGCACGACGCCCUCGAAGCAGGGCCGGGGGAAGGCGUCGUUCUCCCGCUCCGCCUUCCAGGAGGACAGCAGCGAGGAGACGUCGGGCACCGAGAACGACUCCUACUCGGUCGGAGGAUCGCGGAGCGUUUCACACUCUCUGGACCUGGUGUGGGCCAAGUGCAGAGGCUACCCCUCCUACCCGGCUCUGAUCAUUGACCCCAAGAUGCCCAGGGAGGGGGUGUUCCACCGGGGCGUGCCGAUCCCCGUGCCCCCGCUGGACGUGCUGAAGCUGGGCGAGCAGAUGACCCAGGAGGCCCGGGAGCACCUGUUCCUGGUCCUGUUCUUUGACAACAAGAGAACAUGGCAGUGGCUGCCGCGCUCCAAGCUGGUGCCGCUCGGCGUGGACCAGGAGCUGGACAAGGAGAAGAUGCUGGAGGGCCGCAAGUCCAACAUCCGCAAGUCGGUGCAGGUGGCCUACCACCGGGCCAUGCAGCACCGCAGCAAGGUGCAGGGGGACCCGAGCAGCGAGACCAGCGACAGUGACUAAGCGACACACACACAACAGACAACAACACGCACACAUUUUGUUGGGGGCGUCUGCGCUCGCCGGAGGAGUUUUCUCCACCGCCGAGAGAGCGCAUCCCAUCCCUCCAUCGCAGACCACGAGAGACGAGGAGCGGAGGGGACCCGGAGAGAAACGCAAAAGAAGCGGCGCCCAGGCCGUCGGCCCUCGGACAUCACGCACACAAAGCCGUAUUUAAUCUGACGUGUAAAAUAUUGUAUUUAAGAGAAUUGAAAUUGAAUUAAUAAUAAUUAUGAUGGGUAAGUGGGGGGGAAAUGCUAUGGUUCAGAAUCGCCAAUCAGAAAGAAAAGAAAACACGAUAUUCCUGGUUUGUGUUUGGCCACAACGUGAGAUGCCAGUCGCCAACGAUGAUGUUAUUUAUUCCGCGUGCUCGCGGUCCAACGAGCGCCCUCUCUUUCUUUUUCUUUGUUCUUUUUUUAUCAUGGACUACUUCUAAUCACUCCGGCCCGCACGAGACAUCGUGCGGUCCUCCUCUUCGUCGAUCUGUGUUCAUCAUGUCGCCUGUUUUUCUCCCUUUGUCGCCGACGUUGCGCCCGUCACGCAGCCGACGGGGAACGAGGACGAGACCCAAACGGCCCGUCUUAGACUCGGGCCGGUGGCUUUAGAACUUUUUUUUAUAUUUACAGAUUGCAUAAAGAAUAGAAGUUUAAUAAUAAAAAAAAAAGAGUUGAGUUUUUUAAA